AUGCCGGAUCAAAUAUCGGUGUCCGAGUUUCUCUCGGAGACGACAGAGGAUUACAAUUCCCCGACAACAUCCAGCUUCACCACCCGACUGCAGAGCUGCAGGAACACCGUGAAUGUGCUGGAGGAGAACGAGUUCCUGCUGAGGAGUCAGAGUGUGAAUGUGCUCGAGCAGCUCACACUAGAAGAGCUCACCCCGGUGUUUCUGCUCCUCUCGACGGUGAGGAAGGAGUUCAUCAAUGCUAAAUAUGUGGACCACAAGUACGCGAGGAAGACAUGCACGUCUGCGGCAGCUAAAAUGAUCGAACUAUUUGAGGCGGUCCAGUCCAGGGAUCUGCUGGCCCUCAUCCAGGUCUACGCAGAGGGGGUUGAGCUUAUGGAGCCUCUUCCGGAGGCGGGGCCGGAAGUCGGAGAGACAGCACUGCACUACUCUGUACGGACUGCUGACCAGACCUCGCUGCAUUUGGUCGACUUCCUUGUGCAGAACAGCGGAAACCUGGAUAAGCAGACGGAGUGGGGGAACACCGCCCUCCAUUACUGCUGCAUGUACGAGAAGCCCGAGUGCCUCAAGUUACUCCUGAGGGGCAAACCGGCCACCGACAUCCCCAAUCAGAACGGAGAGACAGCGCUGGAUGUUGCCAGGCGACUGAGGAACAGCCAGUGCGAGGAGGCACUUGUGCAGGCUGCAGAAGGGAAAUUCAACCCUCACAUCCAUGUGGAGUACGAGUGGAGCCUCAGACUGGAGGAGAUGGACGAGAGCGACGAUGAUCUUGAUGAUAAGCCGAGUCCCAUCAAGAAGGACCGCUCCCCGAGGCCUCAGAGCUUCUGCCACUCCUCCAGCCUCUCCCCCCACGACAAACUCUCCCUGCCGGGCUUCAUCAGCCAGAGAGACAAGCAGCAGCGUCUGUCCUACAGCGCCUUCACCAACCAGAUGUACAGCGCCUCCACGGACCUCUCCUCCUCUCCCGUGGCCGACGGACCGCCGCUGCCACCCAGGAACCAGGGCAAAGCUCCUCCCCCAUCUUCUGGCCCUCCCUCUACACUCACAACAGGAGGCAGCUCCACCUUGUCCAAGAAGAGGCCUCCGCCCCCCCCUCCCGGACACAAACGCACCCUGUCCGACCCACCCAGCCCGCUCUCUCACAGUCCACACAGUAAAGGGGGCUUGACUGGGGGAAGCGACUCCACUCCGCCUCCCGUCAGCAAGAUGUCUCCGGUUUCUAACAAGUUUGAAGGCAUUCCUCAGCAGCAAAGCACUACUUCAAGCAACACAAAGUCUACACUUGGUCCAAGGGUUCUUCCCAAACUACCUCAGAAAGUGGCAUUGCGGAAGAUCGACACCAUACACCACCCCUCUAUGGAUAAGCCCAGCCUUCCUCCUGAAGUCUUCCAGAAAUCCCCUCCAGGAAGCGAGACCCCUCAGAAGGCUCCUCUGGCCGAGCGGCCUCAGCUAGGAGAUUUGCCACCGAAGCCGCAGCCGUCUGAUCUCCCCCCGAAACCCGGAGAACUUCCUCCGAAGCCGCAGCUCUCCGACCUCCCUCCUAAACCUCAGCUGGGAGACCUCCCGCCCAAACCGCAGCUCAAAGACCUCCCUCCGAAGCCUCACCUCUCCGACAUCCCCCCGAAACCCGGAACGGCCGAGUCGGUUCCCAGACCGCCUCCCGGAGAGACGGCGCCGAAGCCUCAGACGCAACCUCCGCCUCCACCUCAACCGCAGCCGCAACCUCAACCUCAAGACUCGCCGUCACCCAAUCAGCAGGCCAAUAUAGUGACCCCUACUCAACCGGCUGCGGAGGACACCAACGGGACUCCAGCAGGGACCGCGGAGACUCCCGUACCGCUCCCGAGGAAGAUAAACACGGGGAAAAGCAAAGCCCGCCGGGUGAAGACGAUCUAUGACUGCCAGGCUGACAACGAUGACGAGCUGACAUUUGUGGAAGGAGAGGUGAUAAUAGUUACAGGAGAGGAGGACCAGGAGUGGUGGAUCGGGCACAUUGAAGGAGCUCCUGAAAGAAAAGGGGUGUUCCCUAUGUCUUUUGUGCACAUCCUGAGUGACUGACAGCCAGAGAAAGACUUGCACUACGCCUCUCCUUAAAAAUUGGGGAGCUCCUGUAAAUAGCUAUUAAAACAUAAAAAAAACACCUCUUGUCUAAUCGGCAAGUGUCCUAAAGAGAAAGAAGAAAAAAAAAAAAAGAAGAAACCCAAGAAGGCUCAUCUAACCAUGGAUGCCUCUCCUCAUCCAUGCUGUACAAAGAAUGUGUGUAUUCCUCCUCUACCAGUAUUAUCUUAACCCUUAUAGCACGGCUACAACCAAGCCACUCUCAAAAAACCCUAGCACUUACCUUAAAAGUCUAUGUUAAUGCUGUUACUGUGUAUAUAUGUAUGUAAAUAUAUAUAUUUGUGUGUGAGUGUAUAUACAUGUUUUAUUGUACAAAACAUGUACCAUUGCUCUCUCUACCUGUCAGAUUCAAACAUCGAGGGGCAGUAGAGGUCGAAUUUUAUCUGUAUUAUUAUUAAUUUUACUGGCCCUCGAGUAAUUAUUAUUAUUAUUAUUAUCAGCUUAUAUUUCUGGAAAAAGGACAAAUAAGAAAAAGGAAUGUGAAAUAGGUCAUGUCACUAUUUGUGUCUUGCAUCCCUGUUUACCACCAUAAUUGACUGAUGAGGCAGAGGAGUCUCCCCACUAAUCUCUCUCGCUCUCUCUCUCUCUCUCUCUCUCUCUCGCUCUCCAUCCCCUCUGAGAUGAAUUUCAUUAAAUGUACUCCUUGUUCUUGCUUGCUUUUGUGUGUACACGUAUUCUGGUUGUUUUACAGUAAUAGAAACCUGCUGCUACUGUGUGGUGGAUUAGCAAAGCCUGUGGUUCACUGUCGGUCACUAAUUUACUCCUUGUUACACUGUUCACUGUACGUUUCGCCCUCUCCCUCCAUCUCUCCAUCUCUCUCUCUCUCUCUGUGUGUGUGAGUGUGUGUGUUUGAGUGUGUGUGUGUGAACUUGACAGUCCCCUUUUUUGACCUUUUUCUGUGCACGGUGUAACAAUGACUGGAAAUUGAGUGGAGUGCUGCGUUCAAGACGCUCACCUCAGGGUUUGAAGAGCCACUAUGAAAAAAAGCAGGAUUACACAUUUAAAAAAAUAUAAAAGAAAAAAAAAAUAAAAAAAAAUAAAGAGGUAUCCUGUUUUGUUUGAAGCCACUAUUAACAAC